AUGGCUUCCAAAGAUCAAGACAAGAAUCCUAGUGAAUUAACCGAUUCUAACGAUUUUAACGAAAAGUUAUUGCAAAGAGCCGAUAAACCAGUAACUAUACCGGAGAUUGAAAAACCAAAAUUAAAAGCCCCAAAAGAUAUUGUUAGAAAUGUUCAAG